CCCUGGUGCCCUCAUCCCUCCCUCGGCCUCAUUCCCAGUGUGCUGAGCUGCAGAUUUCCUUGUACAAGGAAACCUGCUGUGAGCCCGGGUCACUCAGAGAGAAUACAGACCCCUCGCCCCGCCAUCUCACUCCUCUCCAGUAAGUGGGCAGAAGACCAGUCCUGAUGGUCGACUCCAUGUGCUGUUCUCUCUGUGAGUGUCCACCUGUCACUUGCCCCUUGACACUUGGCCGGACACCCUCUGCCUUGUAUACAUGUGAACAGUCUGAUAAGGGGCUUGACUUCCUCAUGAGUCUCUCAUGCACAUGUAUCUCCCUCGUAGCUUUAGCCACAAUGCUGAGAUGCAGUUUUCUUAUAUAUCAGGGGAAGAGAAGAGAAAGAUGAGAAGUGAGAGCUAAUUGAUGGUGGAAAGAAACAAAAGUCCAGCUGUGCAAAAUGGCCACUAUCUUAGGCCUAAGAGGCCUACAGGGAGUUGUUACCCUUAAAGAGGAGCCAUCUUUGUUUAUAUAAUCAUCCCGGGAAGACUUGGGUGUGAUUUCUCUCUUUCCUCUCUCUCCCUCGGCCCCUCCCCCUCCCUUUUAUUGAAUUUUCACCCACUGUAUACUGGUUGGGGGGCCUGUGCCGAGGGCUUCAUGGGACAGUCUGAAAGGAGAGGUUUUAUAUCACCCAUGCAGGUGGCAGGGAAUAUCCCCUGGUAAGUGGCCCCAUCUGUCUUUUGACAGUGCAUUCACUACCUCACCUAGUGCUGGCAAGAGUAGGCAUUUGGUAAAUGCUUACUACAUGUCUGAGGUAACUAGCAAUUUUACUUUCACAAAUGACCAGGACUUUUUCAGAGUUUAAUAUGAUGGAGAAGAUGAAUAACAAAGCUGGGUCAGGAUUUGGGGGCUUCAGAUGUAAGAUUAAUGUCCUUGUAGGCUUGUCAGUGGGUUGUUAAGGCAAUCAUAGAGAAAUCUGGUGAUUUAAGGAUUAUUUGCAUACAAGCCAGGCUGAGCAGAAGAGCAAUGCACAACUUGUGUGGCCAGGAGCAGGGGUGGGAGUACAGAGAAGGGCGGGCCUGGGAGCAGUGCCGUCAAGAAGGCUUCUCAGUGAGGCUGCUGCUAGGACUGACUGGGUGGCUGGAACAAGUUAGGCUCCUGGUCACUUUCAUUCAGACCUGUGUCAUCCGGGCCUGGGACCGUAGCAAGCCCCUGUUCUUCUGCCCAGCGAUGAACACCGCCAUGUGGGAGCAUCCCAUCACCAUGCAGCAGGUGGGCCAGCUCAAGGCCUUCGGCUACACUGAGAUCCCUUGUGUGGCCAAGAAGCUGGUGUGUGGAGACCAAGGUCUGGGAGCCAUGGCUGAGGUGGAGACCAUUGUAGACAAAGUGAAAGAAGUCCUCUCCCAGCGAGGUGACAUCCAGCACAGUUGAACUGGUAUUUCUGUCAUGUGUGUCCUGUACUCAACGUGGGCUCAGGCCAACCCAGUGAAGAAGAUGGACAUUGGCAAAAUUUGGUGAGGAUUUGCUGACCCUCCUCAGGGGCUGGACCUGCUCGAGGUUAAACAGGACCAAAGGUCCAGGUCCCAGCUUCUUUCAACCAGAAAAUGCCACUGUAUGGAGCCCCUAUCCUCCUUUUUGUGGGGUAGGUGCAGCAAGCUGGGCAAGCAAGCUGCCAUGUUGUCCUCAUAGGAGGACUGAGUGGUGGGAAAACCUCAGUUGUAUGAUUGCCUGGAAACACCACAGUUGGACAGCCCUGGCUGAGCUGUGGGAGCCUUUGCUUCUUGGUGGGGUACUCAGCUGCCACACAGAGUCAGAGAAGCCUGUGAAUUGUCAGAACUUUGCGGUUUCCCAUAGACCAUGCCAUGAGAUUGGAGGUGCUGGGAAAUAAAGAAAAAUGGCUAUU